AUGGUUGUUCCAGCUUUCCUCUGUGCUCCCCGGUCCAUAAAAUCUGAGAAGGAUCUUUUGGCUACAUGCAUCAUAAAUGGGUCUUCUUAUUUAAUUCAUGUUUGCCUUUUUUUUAAAUUUCUUUUGAGCUCCAUGCUUGAGAGUUGCUUGGGAGAUAGAGGUGAUAGCUGAUCACAUGGACCUCCUUUGAGGACAGUCUUCCGAAACAGAAAAGAGAGUGCAGUGUAUAUAUUGUCUUGGCCCUUUCCUUUGGUAAGGGAGCCUCGGGCUUGUCCUCUUUCUCUACACUCAUUUAUGUUGUGCGAGUUGGGAGAGAGAGAGAGCUAUUGCCCUGAGGCAUUCUUUUGUCACAGGGAGGAAGGGGAGAGAGAAAGAGGGCUGAAGAUCACAUGGUGGCCUUUUUUGGGUAUGUGACAGCUUCUGCCUUUAGUCCUUUAGUGUUUCCUUUUUUCUCCUCCUCAUGAAACCCCUUUCAAAACCUCAAAUCACCACCUCAUCGGCUGAUCAGCGAGUGAGUGCCUUCUCCUGUUCCUUUAAGAGCCCUCUCCCCUGCCCAUCUCUUUCUUCAUCCCCUCACCUUUGCCUAAAAGGCAAGAACAAAGCCAUAUAAUGCUCUGAUCCCUUCCUCCAAGAGCCAUCACAAUCCUACACAUUGUGGUGACACACCAAGAUUAAACACAUCGCCUUUGCUUUUACCACCCUCCAUAUUCCUGCAAGAAGCAGCUCCAAGAACUACCCACGCCAUGGAGAUUGCCAUGGUCUGCACAAGAGUUAGCCUCCUCGUCCUCAUCCUAUCUGUCUGCUCUCCAUACAAGUUCAUACAGAGUCCCAUGGACUUUGGCCCCUUGAACCUGCUCCCCACCACCACCACCGCAUCCAGUGAUUUCGGUAGGAUACUCUUCCACUCUCCAUCUGCAGUGCUGAAGCCUCAGUCCUCAAGGGAUAUCUCCCUGCUUCUCAGCUUCCUCUCUAGCUCAUCUCUAAGCGAAGUCACAGUGGCAGCCAGGGGAGCAGGCCACUCCAUUCAUGGCCAAGCCCAGGCUCUUGAUGGCAUUGUGGUGGAGAUGUGCUCUUUGCCUUCUGAGAUAGAGUUCUACAAAGGAGGAGAAGGAGAAAUUUCAUAUGCUGAUGUGAGUGGUGGGGUUAUGUGGAUAGAGCUCCUGGAGCAGAGCUUGAAGCUUGGGCUAGCUCCAAGGUCUUGGACUGACUACCUCUAUCUCACUGUUGGUGGGACUCUGUCCAAUGCUGGCAUCAGUGGGCAGACCUUCAAGCAUGGGCCUCAGAUUAGCAAUGUUCUACAGCUGGAGGUAGUCACAGGCCGCGGGGAGAUUGUCACAUGCUCACCCAGCAAGGAUGCAGAUUUAUUCAAUGCAGUUUUGGGAGGCCUUGGCCAGUUUGGCAUCAUAACUAGGGCAAGGAUCCUGCUGCAGUUGGCUCCACAGAAAGUGAAGUGGGUAAGAGCCUUCUACGAUGAUUUCGGCACAUUCACCAAAGACCAGGAGUUGCUGGUAUCAAUGCCGGAUUUGGUGGACUAUGUGGAAGGUUUCAUUGUUCUGAAUGAACAAUCCCUUCACAGCUCCUCCAUUGCCUUCCCUGCAAAUGUGGACUUCAACCCAGAUUUUGGCACCAAGAGCAGCCCUAAGAUCUACUACUGUAUAGAAUUUGCAGUUCACGAUUACCAGCCCAAGAACACCAAAGUGGAAAAGGUUGUAGAGGUUAUCUCAAGGAAGAUGAGCCACAUGGCGUCCCAGCUGUACAGUGUGGAGGUGUCCUACUUCGAUUUUCUCAAUCGGGUCAGGAUGGAGGAGGUGAGCCUAAGGAGUAUCGGGAUGUGGGAGGUACACCAUCCAUGGCUCAACAUGUUUGUGCCAAAGGCUGGGAUCAGUGACUUCAAGGACCUGCUCAUGGACAACAUCUCACCAGAUAACUUUGAGGGCCUCAUCCUCAUCUACCCACUCCUCAGAGACAAGUGGGACACCAACACAUCGGUUGUGCUACCGGAUUCCGGGUCCAUGGACCGGGUAAUGUACGUGGUUGGCAUCCUCCGAUCCGCAAACCCUGAUGAUGGCUGCUCCCACGACUGCCUCCAAGAGCUUCUCCGCCGUCACCGCCAUAUAGCCGACACCGCCGGAGUGCGCAUCGAUGCAAAGCAGUACUUGGGUCACCACCCGACUCCGGCUGGCUGGCACCGGCACUUUGGCCAUAGCUGGGAGCGGUUCGCGGAGCGCAAAAUUCGGUUCGACCCGCUACACAUCCUGGGGCCAGGCCAAGGCAUAUUCCCCAGGAGCAACAAUGCAGUGUAUGGAAGCUAGCUACAACGUCAGGAAGUGUCGUGUCAGGUGGCAGUACAAUAAGGGCUAUAAGACAUAGGUGACUAGGAUGGGAUCUUGUUCUUUCUUUUUCUGGAUCUUCUGCUUAGUUUCCUCGGCAUUUUGAGGCAUCGGUUUGGGCACUUUGAGAGGAGGACCCAGUGGUGAAUAUCACUGGGAAUUUUGGAACUUUGUACAGGCUGAGGAAGCACAGCUCUAGGGGUAGACAUAGUGAUUCUAUUCGAUCUGUAUUCCUUGUUCGAUGUGGCAGCCACAUUAGUACGGUGCUUAUUGUUCUCGCUAUCGCUCCUACGGCUAAGGAUUUGCUUACUCUUUGCGCAAUUGUCCUUUGGAUAUCGCUUUGUGUCAGCGGUUUUCUAUUGGAGAAGUGGUGACCAUAAUAAUUUCAAAAAGAGAAGUGGUGACGGAUAACCAAUUCUAUGGUGAGUCAAGAACAAGCCUUGUCUUUAGGCUUUGGCUUGGGUGACUAGUGAAAGUGAUUGUAUCUUUUACCCAUCAGAGAUUAAAUAUUUUUUUAUGUCUC